CUCCCUCUGCACAGGCAAGCUGGAGCACAGAAACUGGGGAUUGGCCCCCGGGGCUCCCGGAUCCCGGCCCCGGCAGGGGGCCCCGCCAAGCAGGAAAACAGGGUUUAAGGUUUCAGCCUCUCCCUGGGCUUGGCCUUUGUGGUGCGGCCGGCCAGUGCCUGGUCACCCCACCGACUGGAGUCGGCGCGGGGGGCCGGCAGCCACCACCCCUGGGGAGCACCCUCGGCCAUCGUAGCCGCGCCAGCGCCGGCCCAGGAGGCACACGGUUAAUACCACCGAGUUCGGGCCGCGAGCCGCGGCCAAGAGGAGCCUGCCCGCCCGCCCGCGAGCCCGGAGGUCCGGCCGGCCCGCGGGCCUGCGAGCCGCUCCUCCAGCGUCCUAGAGCGGCCCGGCGCGCAGCUUCCUUCCGCUUCCCGUCCCCGCCCCCGCGGCCGCCCCCGGGACGCCGACCCGAGCCCCCUCCCAGUCUGCUGUGGAGCCCGCAGCUGGGAGCCGCCGGCGGCUUGGGCAGCCGCGUCCGGAGGCGCAGAGGAGGCCGCGGGCCCGGGGCGGCGGCGGGCCUGAGGGCGCGGCAGGGCGCGUGCCGGCGAUGGAGCGCGUGGUGGAGCCUUGGGAGCCGGAGCUCCGCGGCCCGGACGACAGGGAGCGGUUGAGCGGCGCCGGCGCAGAAGCUGGGGAUUCACCGCUUCAGGAAAGAUACCACAGCUCGGAAGGUUCCCCUCCAAGACUCCCCCCAGUGCGGUGGGUUGUGCACAUGACAAAGCAGGAGCACGGUCCAGGGAGUGAGGAGGUAGAGAUUUCUCCUUCCGAUGAGUAUGAACAUGCCUCACCUGAAGUUGACUUGGUGGUAUUCAAAGAAGAAGAAGAAGAAGAAGAAGAAGAAGAUUUGAGCCCAGAUCAUGAAGUAGGAAAUGUCUCUCUCAAAACGGAAGGUAUCCAGACGUGGGAUGACUUGUGGGUUGAGAGAGAGGGCCUAGACAAGGAUGAAAGCGAGGACAGUGGCCCCCAGAUCCUGGGAGAACCGCGAUGGGGCCAAGGCAGUGACCGGGCCGCAGUGUGUGGGGAGUGUGGCAAGUGCUUCCGGCAGAUGUCCGACCUGGUGAAGCACCACCGGACCCACACGGGGGAGAAGCCCUACAAGUGUGGGGUCUGUGGCAAAGGCUUCGGUGAUAGUUCCGCCCGCAUCAAGCACCAGCGAACUCACAGUGGGGAAAAGCCCUACAGAGUUCAGCCACCAGCCCAGGGUCCCCCCAAGGUGACUCGGGCUAGGAUUCCCGCCGGAGAGCGCCCCACCAUCUGCGGCGAAUGUGGGAAGAGCUUUCGCCAGAGCUCUGACCUGGUGAAGCACCAGCGGACGCACACCGGAGAGAAGCCCUACAAGUGCGGGGUCUGCGGCAAGGGCUUCGGUGACAGUUCCGCCCGCAUCAAGCACCAGCGCACACACCGCGGGGAGCAGCCCCUUCUGCCCACGGUGGCUCGCCGCCCGCCGCCGCCAACGCCACCACCACUUCCUCAAGCAGCCGUGGCAGCCGCACAGGGCGCCAAGGCCCAGGAGGACCGACCCUACAGCUGCAACGAUUGUGGCAAAAGGUUUGUCCUCAGCUGCAGCCUGCUGAGCCACCAGCGCAGUCACCUGGGGCCCAAGCCGUUCAGCUGCGACGUGUGUGGCAAGGAAUUCGCCCGAGGCUCCGACCUGGUGAAGCACCUGCGGGUCCACACGGGCGAGAAGCCCUACCUGUGCCCCGAGUGCGGCAAGGGCUUCGCCGACAGCUCGGCCCGCGUCAAGCACCUCCGCACCCACGGGGGUGCCCGGCCUCACGCGUGCCCGGAGUGUGACCGCACCUUCAGCCUCAGCUCCACCCUCCUCCGACACCGCCUGACGCACAUGGAGCCCCAGGACUUCAGCUUCCCGGGCUACCCCAUGGCCACCCUGAUUCCCAGCCCACCCCCCAGCUCCAGCCCACCCCCAGCUCCUCUGGGCACCAGCCCCCCACUCACACCUCGAAGCCCUUCACACUCAGGUGAGGGGCCUUUUGGCCUCCCUAGCCUGGAGCCAGAGCCCGGAGUCCCGCAGGCUGGCGAGCCCCCGCCUCCGCUGGCCUGUGACAAGCCCCACAAGUGCCCCGAAUGUGGCAAGGGCUUCCGGAGAACCUCCGACCUGGUGAAGCACCACCGUGUGCACACAGGCGAGAAGCCCUACCUCUGCCCCGAGUGCGGCAAGAGCUUCGCUGACAGCUCGGCCCGCGUCAAACACCUCCGCACCCACCGGAGUGAGCAGGCCCUGCUGCAGUCCCCCUCCACUCUCCUGAGGCCGCAUAACCUCCUCGGCCCGGGGGCAGUGGCCCCGCAAGCCCGCACCCGGGCCCAGCCCCAGAAACCCCGCCGCCUUCACGUGUGCAGCUUCUGCGGGAAGGAGUUCCCAAGAAGCUCCGACCUGGUGAAGCACAGGCGCACACAUACCGGGGAGAAGCCAUACAAGUGCUCCGAGUGUGGCAAGGGCUUCAGUGACAGUUCUGCCCGCAUCAAACACCAGCGCGGCCACAUGGUCAUAAGGCCCUUUGAGAGGCCUUAUGAGAGGCCCUAUGAGAUAGAAGUGGAAAUAGCAAUGCCCCUCAAGGAGGAGCCUCCAACUGUACUGGAAUAAGGGGGUACAGAGAGGAGGUGCAGGCCCAGGCCACCAAAGGGAGGGUGCGCACUGCAGAAGCAGAGAAAAUAGGGCCUGGGGGGUGCAGGGAGGGGGAGAGGAGUGAAUAGAUAGAGAUUGGAGACAAUGACCUUGAAGCUCAGGAAACUGUCCUGGCUGGGAGCAGCCAGGACCUCACCAGUGUGGUCUAUAGCCCCAGCUUCUAGAACACUGCCUAGUACACUGUCAACACUCAGUUAAAACACUUGUAAAUGAAGAAAAAAAGAAGAAAAAAAAAAAAACUGGUCUUAGCGUAGGGCCCUUUAGGAAAUCUAAAUUCCUGCUGCCUCUUACCUGCUAACUGACCUCUCCCAACCUUGCCUCUGAGAGGCCAGCACUCGGAUCCAAGCUUGUUCGACCUGGGGAGCUGCAGCUGUGAAGACGUUGGGAGUUGGGGGUGAUGAGGGCAUCUUGAUUAUGCUGAGUAACGCUUGGCAGGAAGCAGUACCUGGCUGCAGGCCACCGGCCAUACCUUAGGAUUGGCACCCUGGAACUCCCUUAAUUGCCCUCCACCCUGACCCUUGGAUGCUCACGGCCUCUACUCUGGACAUUAAGCCCAACAGGACACGCUCAGAGCCUGGCUGGGAGACUGGAAUAAGGGGAGGCAGGGAAACCCCGAGACCCCGCAGCCACCACCCAUGUGUCUCCUCACCAAUAAACUGCUUCUUGUCUGAA